GGCCGGGCGGUGCGUGACCCCGCGGGGCGGCGCCGCGAGCGGCAGCGGGCGCGCGCCGCCCAGUAUGGCCGCCGCCGCGGGCGCGGGGCUGCUGGGCCGCCGGCCGCUGCUCCUGCGAUGCGGCACCUGGAGACCCUUCACCUCGCAGACGGACGGGGAGGCCCGCGUGACCCGCGUGCUGCGCGAGAAGUUCCCCCGGGCCUCUGCCAUCAAAGUAGUGGAUAUAUCUGGUGGCUGUGGGGCCAUGUAUGAAAUCCAUAUAGAAUCAGAGGACUUUAAAGAGAAGCGAACAGUGCAGCAGCACCAAAUGGUUAACCAGGCGCUGAGCGAGGAGAUCAAGGCCAUGCACGGACUGCGGAUCUUCACCUCCACCCCCACCCCCAAGCCUUGAGGCUGGCAGGGUGCUCGGCUGGGGGGGGCCAGAGCUGUGCCCAGUGCUUGUGCAACUGGGGUGCUUGAACUGAAUAAAGGUGCUGCUGUGCAGGGGGGGCCCCCCCAGUGUGUGUCUGC